AUGAAUAAUGAUAUUAACCAUCCUUACAAGAAAAUUUUUGACAAUGAAGGGAAAGAUGAAUUUUUUGAAAUAGAAUACGAAAGCGGUGGUGGUGUUGGAACGUCACAGAAUAGGUUGACUCAAAACAAAUUUAGGAGAAGUUUAGCGCAAGAAAGUAGUGAUAAUGAAAAUGAAAAAACAAAGACGACUGAUGAAGUAGGAAGCAGUCUUAACUUAGUAUGGUUAGGAUUUAAAAAGUUCCUUGGAUUUGUUGGACCUGGAUAUGUUGUAGCUGUUGGAUAUUUUGAUCCCGGAAAUUGGGCGACUGAUUUAGCAGGUGGAUCUAAUUUCGGAUACUCGCCUCUUUUCAUAAUUUUAUUAUCAAAUCUUUUUGCAAUGUUGUUACAAAGCUUGGCUAUCAAGUUAGGCACUGUCACGGGGAUGGAUCUUGCUCAAGCAUGCAGAGCUUUUUUCCCACCAUAUUUGAGAUACUUUUUAUACAUGCUAUGUGAACUUGCAAUCAUUGCAACUGACUUGGCGGAGGUUAUAGGCAGUGCAAUUGCUCUAAAUAUUCUUUUCAGUAUUCCUUUACCAUUGGGAGUUGCUAUAACCGCAUGUGACGUUAUGAUAAUCUUACUAAUCUAUCGUGAAAAUAACCUAAACUCUUCACGAAUUAUAGAAUCUCUUGUGAUGAUAUUAGUCAGUAUAAUCGGUGCUUGCUUUAUCGUGGAAUUAUUUCUUUCUAAACCAGUUGCAAGCCUUGUGUUUUCAGGAUACUUACCUAAUUCUGACUUAUUCACUGAUUCAAAAGAAUUAUUCGUUUCUGUUGGUAUAAUUGGUGCAACUGUUAUGCCACAUAAUCUUUAUUUACAUUCACAUCUAAUCAAAGUUAGGAAAUAUCGCGAAGAAUCUAAAGUAUUGAAUGAUAUAGAUAAUAGCUUAGAAGCUAACCAAAUUGAAUCCGAUCAAAAAGUACAUUCGGUCAAGACGAUGAUUAAAAAAAUAACCUACAGAACCAUAAAAUUAUCUUCUAUAGAUUCUUCUGUAGCGUUAACAUUCGCACUAUUUAUAAAUUCUGCGAUAUUGAUUGUUGCUGCAACAAAUUUUUAUUACAAUAACAAUAAUGCAUCAUCAAAGGUAGCUGGUUUAUUUGAUGCUUAUAAUUUAUUAACAAAGUAUCUUGGAGGAUCCGCAGGUAUUAUAUUUGCCUUGGCGUUAUUAAUAUCUGGGCAAUCCGCGACUCUCACAGCCACUAUAGCAGGUCAAGUUGUUAUGGAAGGAUUCCUUGGUUGGGUAAUACCUUCGUGGAUGAGGCGACUAUUCACACGUGCUGUUGCUAUUGCACCUGCAAUGUUAAUUGCAGUUAUAAAUGGGCAAAAUGGACUGACAGAUAUGCUGGUCGCUAGUCAAGUAGCAUUGUGUGUUCAGCUACCAUUCGCUAUUAUACCAUUGGUUUAUUUUACUAGUGCUAAAAAAUGUAUGACUGUUGAUGUAAGAAAUGCUUUUAAUCCUAGGAGUGAAAGGGAUGAUGAAAAUGAAGAAGGUAGGGUUGUAUUAUUGACUCCUUUGAUACCUGCGGAGUCUAAUGGUAAUAAAUUAACGAACGUUUCGGUGGAUGAGAAAUAUUUACUGGAUUUUACGAAUCCAGUUUGGUUAAUCAUUAUUUCGAGUAUUGUUUGUUUUAUUAUUGUUUGCUUGGAUAUUUUUUUGAUAUAUUCCGCCAUCCAAGGAAAGACACGAUAG